GGAGAUGGCAGCCAAGACCAGAGAGCUGCGAGGACAGACAGGAAGAAAUAAGCAGGGAUGGACGAACAGAGGAGGCUGUCUUUUUUCCAGUUUUUUUUUUUUUUAGCGAUGAGAGAGAAGCAGGAAAAUCCCCGGAUUGGACCGUAAACAAGCAGCAUGAGAGAGAGGAGAAACGGAGGACGGAGUGAGGUUUAGGACGGAACACCGAGACGCUGUUUGGAGACUGAAGCCUCAUCCAGCUCUUUCCGGAAACGAGGACGGGAGGCUGCACUGAAUCCAGUGUCUAAGAGGGAAGCAAAAGAGGCACAAUAACCGGUAGAGGACUGGAGGACGGAGCUGGAACUACAUCCUCAGCAGGCCUGUCUUCACAGACCGUGGUGGACGUCUCAGACGGCCACCCAGGAGAAGCCAUGGAGGAUUAAAUCACGUGCUCUGCUGAGGACUCACUCAGUCUUUUCUGGAGCUCAAAGCAGCACAAACUUUCCCAAGUGAUUUACUUAUCUCUCCUAAAAGGAAGCGCUGUGAUAAAGGUCAGAGGCAAUUAAUGUUUUUCCACUGAGUUCCUGUAGAAGAAAGAAGAGAGCCAGCAGUGACCCUGUGGAGGGUCUCUGAGAACCUGGAGGAGAAAACGGCUGCAGUGACUGAAGUGAUGGGAAAUAAAAACAGCAGCUCGCCUAAAGGUCCUGAACCCGGAGCGACUCAGACAGAAGAAGGGCUGUUCAUCGACAGCGCCACAGGGAGCGUCUCCAGAGAUGCUUUGCCAGGUCUCAGUCCGGAGCUGCUGGCAUCGCUGCAGACCCUGGGAGAAAACAGCGACUACACACUGCUGCCACACUCUCUGCACCAGAUUGCAGAGGCCUACUCGCUCAAAGAGGACUACCAGUGGGCCAUCCAGUUCAUACAACUGGAGAAGCUCUACCACCAACGUCUGCUGUCCAACCUCACCGCCCUGCAGGAGAACUGGGAGAGCCGGCUGAAGGAGAGGAAAGACUCUGAGAACAGUUUUACUGACGGACCGGAUACCAUCAGUCAGAAACACAUGGAAACACUGAGUCAGAUCUGCAGAACACACCUCAGACCAUCCAUCAGCGUGGAUCCGAAGAAGCUGAACACAAUGCUGAAGGACCUCCAGACCAAGAACGAGACGCUACAGAAAGCCAACAAACCUGAAACAACAAACCUGGAUGAAGAAAAAGAGCAAAGCCUGAACUCAGAGACCCGCCAUGAGGAUGAGGAUGGAGGAGAGGAGGAGACAUAUGAGGAAGGACAGGAAGUGGAGGAGGAGGAGGAGCACUGUGAGGACACUCCAGAGGAGGAGGAGGUGAAGGUGGAGUGGCCCACAGGAGUCCCUCAGGCCUCAGACAAGGACCUGGCCAAACUGUCGCACUCAGAGGAGAACUCCUCCCCGGAUGGUUUGGUCUCUAUUCUGAAGAGGAGGAGAGCCUCGUUGGAUGGUCUACCUCCUCCCAGCACUGCUGUGACCAAACAGAACUCCAAACGCAAAGUUCGCUUCAGUGAGCCAGACGACGGCAUCGAGCAAGAUGAGGUGGGUGGAGACUCGUGCCUCAUCCUGCUGCUGCUGUGUCUGGUGACGGUGGUGAUCAGCGUUGGAGGCACCGCCCUCUACUGCACCCUGGUGGACACCUACUCCAACAUCUGCACCGACUUCACCCACAACGUGGACUUCUACGUCAUGAACGUACGGAGGUUCUUUGAAGGCCUCGGACGCUGGCUGCCCCCCCGGACUUAAGACGCUCGGUUUCACCUGCGUUCAAGACAAGACAAGAGCUGCUUCAGCGGUCUGAGCUGAUGGACGGAUUCUGAUGCUGCCGUCCAGAGACUAAAGGAUCUAUGCUCUGAAAACAGCUCGCAUCACAUGGACGUUACGGUUUCUGUACGACUAAACGGGUGCUUAAAGCGACACCAAACACGAAAAACUGUCAGAAGUUCUUCAGCUCAGAAGACAAACGUGUGCAUGUUGUGUGAUGUGAAGAACUUGUUUACUACUGUGUGUGUGGACGUCCAGACUCACACCAGAGGGCUCACAACUCUCAGCUAUAUUUAUACUGAACCACAAGAUGUAGUUUAUCGCUGUCGUCGUGUUUUCCUCACAGGUGUAGCAGCUGUAACUGUGGAAGAGUCCGUCUUAUUGAAGCUUUCCUGUUUGAUUUAGACUUCUACAAAGAGAGGCUGUCAUUAGAAUCAAUAGGUGUGUGACGGGUUUAUAAUGAUCAAUGGACCAAUGAGGAGUUUUCUUUACCUCACUUUUAAGUUUAUCUUCCCAUUAUCUCUCGGUGUACGCUUAUCAGACACAGGAGAGCUCCAAAGAAAGUCAACUAUUAAGCUCAUCUCCAAUUUUAAUAGAUGAUUUAUCAGUUUGAGUGAUUUUUGGUUUCGUUAGUCUUCCAGGACAACCAACCCAUUAACCCUCCUGUCGUCCUGCGGGUCAAAAUGACUCGCUUCAAAGCUUGAAAAUGUGGGGGAAAAAAUAUAUUUCCACAGUGACACUUGUGAUGUCCGCAUUUUCAACAUUUUUGGAAAAUCUUUGAACAUUUUUUGGUGAAAAAAAGAAAUGUUAAAAAUGUUUCUUGAAGAACAUUCACAUAAAAAUCAACCAAAAUCCAGCAAAUUUCACUGGAUUUUGGUUUAUUUUUAUGUGAAUGUUCUUAAAGAAAUUAUCAGAAGUUUUACUGAUAUAUAUGGAAUCAUUUUAGAUAUUUUUAGGAUUUUUUUAAAGAUUUUCACUCAUUUUUUGAAAAUAUUCAUGAGAAUUUUCUUGCCACAUUUUGGGGAUUUUUUAAAAAUAAAACUUUUAAGGGAAAUUUGAAGGAAGUAUUGGAAUUUUCUUCCUGAAGGUUUUGCAAAUUCCUGAAAAGUUUCCCAGAAUUUUUGGAUUUUUUUCAGACAAGGAAACGAUAUUAUUUGGUGCCUGUAAAUGAGGACAACAGGAGGGUUGACUGAGUUCAUUAUUUGAUGAUGAAAACAAUCAUUAGUUGCCGGUGUUUCACAUUUUUAAAAAGUACGAGGGCACAAAGACUUUAUAAUUUUGUAUAAACACUGAUUCCUGAUGUAGACGAACCUUUUACUAAAAAUUCUACUUUCAUAACUGCACAUUUACUUCAGUACAGGUGAUUACUCUAAACAUUCCUCUUCUCAGACCAGUUCCAAUAGAAGCACUGUCAUGUGUUUGACAUUUAGUGCUCUAUUAAAUGAAGACACUGUAGCAUUUUACAGACAACAAGCAUCCAACAUACCAGCUAAAAACAGUAAAGUCAUCAUUAGUAUGCAAUAGAGUGAUUUCAUAGCUGCUCCACAGACUCAGGCACUAUCUGGUGUUUAAUGUUUUCAUGUUCAUCCUCUCAUAUGUCACCCUGAAGCUUCCGUCCUACAGGAUUUAUGAUUAACCCCUUCAUUAUUACGGAUACACAGUGAUAGUAAAUGAAAUAAGGAUAUAUGGAUAUAUGGAUGGAUGGAUGGAUGGAUGGAUGGAUGGAUGGAUGGAUAUAUGGAUGGAUGGUUGGAUAGAUGAUGGAUGGAUGGUUGGAUAGAUGGUUGGAUAGAUGAUGGAUGGUUGGAUAGAUGAUGGAUGGUUGGAUAGAUGAUGGAUGGAUGGAUGGAUGGAUGGUUGGAUAGAUGAUGGAUGGAUGGUUGGAUAGAUGAUGGAUGGAUGGAUGGAUGGAUGGAUGGAUGGAUAUAUGGAUGGAUGGUUGGAUAGAUGAUGGAUGGAUGGAUGGAUGGAUGGUUGGAUAGAUGAUGGAUGGAUGGAUGGAUGGAUGAAGGAUGGAUGGUGGAUGGAUGGAUAGGUAGAUAGAUUCCAAAGGGAAGUUCAAAAGAAUAAAGUAUCUUUCCAUCCAUCCAUCUGUUGUUUCCUGGCUGGCUCAUGAUCACAACAGAAAACUGGAAUCACUACAUUUCAUUAGAUGGAGAAACUGAAAUGUGACCAGCAUGUUCCUUUAUCUGUUUCUUGAUUUGUGUUUCAGUUUUUAUCUCCUCCUGAACUCCAGAUGUUUGCAAAGUGACAGAUGUUCCGUCUGUGUUGUCGCUGUGGAUGCUGUUUACCGACCAGUGUCGCGUUAUGCAAUCCACUUUUAUGGGUUUCAAUAUUUAUUUUCGUUUGUGUCCACAGGGGAAAACAGAAAUCUAUUAAAUAAGAAACGUUUGCA